AUGCGAGACUCAUUCAGGGAGGAUCAGCUCAACGCAAUUAGCAUCAUCGAGCGAUCCUGCUCGGUCCUGUCGCUACUAGGAUGCAUAUUCACGAUUGCCACGUUCUGCAUGUCCAGUGCGUUCCAUAAGCCCAUCAACCGGCUUGUCUUUUACGCUUCAUUCGGAAACAUGAUGACGAACGUUGGUACCCUGAUGUCUCGCGCAUAUCUGACCGAGGUCGACUCCUUCGGGUGCCAGUUCCAGGGCUUUUUGAUCCAACUCUUCAUGCCCGCUGAUGCUUUUUGGACAUUGGCCAUGGCGAUCAACGUCUACUUGACAUUCUACUACAAGUUUGACGCACAGCGCUUGCGAAAGAUGGAGUUGUGGUACCUUAUAGGCUGCUACGGUAUCCCAUUUAUUCCAGCAUUUACGUUUAUUUUUGUUCGAAAUAGCCGCGGGCAGCGCGUUUAUGGCAACGCGAACCUCUGGUGCUGGGUCAGCCCCGAUUACGACAUCCUCCGAAUUGCUGUGUUUUACGGGCCCGUAUGGUGCGUGAUUCUCGUCACCUUCUUCAUCUACAGUCGCGCCGGCCGUACCAUCUAUGAGAAGCGCAAGCAACUGCACGACUUCCAUUCAUCAGAUCCUGAUCCUCUGUCCGUCAACGGGGAGGCUUUCGCCACUAUGAAGCGAACCGAGGUUACAGUGACCACCGAAGCCGCGAGCGAAUCUGGGAUCCAGAUGGGACCGGUCAGCAGAGGUGACACGUCGGCUGGUGAGGGUAGCCGAAAUGCCAACGGCGCAUACUCCGUGCACAUUUCUGCCGAAAGCCAGUCUGGCCCAGCUGAAGGCAUGUCGCUACCCAUCCAGGGCCAGACUAUUCAACAACAGACGAGCACCGUGCAGAUUGCGCGUCGCCGAGCUACGAACCCUGCGCGGCGGCGCAACCACGAACUGAACAACGCGGCAUGGUCUUACACCAAAUGCGCCAUUCUGUUCUUCACCGCCAUCUUGAUUACGUGGAUUCCCUCAAGCGCCAACCGAGUCUACUCAGUCGUCCACGCGAAGGAGACGUUCGUGCCGCUCGAGUUCAUGAGCGCGUUCGUCCUGCCGCUGCAGGGGUUCUGGAACGCAGUCAUCUACGCCGUCACGUCAUGGGGCGCCUGCAAGAACCUAUUCCACGACAUGAAGCAGGGCCGAAGGCCGGCCGUUUCAGAGCUCGUCGGAGGGGGCACCGGCGCGGAUGGGACGAGCGGCGGGGCCCAGCGCCGCAGGAGCCAGUUCAAGACUCCCGCAAGGAGGAGUUCUGGCACGCUUGAGUCGGAAAGCAUGACAGAACUCGCCAAAUCAAGGACAGAUUCGGCGGACGGGGGUCAAAGCUGUUGA